CUUUGACCUCACCCCUGUACAGGAACAACAUGGCAGCAGACGAUGUGGACACUUUGGACAGUGUACUCGACAAGUAUAUUCCUCCUGAUGAACUGGCAUUUGUCAAGCGCAUGCUGUAUGGAAAAGAAUUGAGAAAACUUCAUCUGCCAGAGAAAGCUUUACAAAUUGCACAAGAAAGGAACUUUGAACUCCAGGGUUAUGCCUUCGAUGCUAAGCGUGAAGAUGUUCGACUGCCACGGAUUGUCCGUGUAGGAGCCAUACAGAAUCAUAUUAUAGCCCCAACAACCAGCUCUAUUUCAGAACAGAGGGACUCAUUGCAUAAACGGAUAUGUGACAUUGCUGAGGUGGCAGCUCUUUGUGGAGUCAACAUAUUGUGUAUGCAAGAAGCCUGGCAUAUGCCCUUUGCCUUCUGUACGCGUGAGAAGUUUCCUUGGUGCCAGUUUGCGGAGCCAGCCGAGGAUGGCCCUACUACAAAACUCAUGCAAGAGCUUGCUUUAAAGUACAAUAUGGUGAUAAUUUCACCCAUGCUUGAACGUGAUGAAACACAUGGAGAUGUUUUAGCAAAUUCUGCUGUGGUCAUUUCCAAUCUAGGUAAAGUACUAGGCAAGUCUCGCAAAAACCACAUUCCACGCUGUGGAGAUUUCAAUGAGUCCACAUACUACAUGGAAGGGGAUACUGGCCAUAGAGUCUUCCAAACACAGUUUGGUAAGGUGGCAGUGAACAUUUGCUAUGGACGUCACCAUCCACAGAACUGGAUGAUGUAUGGAAUCAAUGGUGCAGAGAUAGUCUUCAACCCUUCUGCAACAGUUGACACACUAAGUGAACCUAUAUGGCCGAUUGAAGCUCGUAAUGCUGCUAUUGCCAACAGCUACUUCACUGUAGCAAUAAAUCGUGUUGGAACAGAGUACUUUCAAAAUGAGUUUACUUCUGGAGAUGGAAAGCCAGCCCAUAGAAGUUUUGGGCAUUUCUAUGGUUCGAGUUACGUGGCAGGUCCUGACGGAACCAGAACACCUAGUCUGUCUCGAACACAGGAUGGGCUGCUAGUGGCAGAAAUGGAUCUCAACCUCAACAGGCAGGUUGCUGACAGUUGGGGCUUCAGGAUGACUCAGCGUCUAGACCUGUAUGCCAAGGAACUAGCAGAUGCUGUUAAAUCUGACUACAAACCACCUGUGGUAAAAGACCAGUAGAACGAAGGACAGUCCAUGAAGUCUGGAUGCAGCAAGGAGGACAGAAUGGCUUCCCAGUCCUGGGAAAAUCAUUGGAGUUAGGCACCACCUAUCUCAUAUGUGCCACUGGUUGUCUGCAUCUACAGUCAUGGGAUCUGUAAAUGGCUUCUUGUCUGGCUUUGGUGAAGAUUUUAGUCCUACAGUUUUUGUUUUUUGCUUGUAUUUUGCAUCAGUAUUCAGACUUUCAGUACACAUUUUUACUUGACUGGCUCUGGAAGACCAAUGGUUAAAUUUGCUCAUGGCAGCAGUAUGAUGAUAACUGUUUUGAUUCUGCUGGUGAUGUAAGUGUUUUUUUCUAUUUUACAUUUUUCUUUUGCUUUGUUAAAUCAGGUAUUUAUGUAUUCUUAGAUAACUGUUUGUCAGAUAACAGGAAAUGAUGAAACAAAUACCUUUUUAUAUCAUUUUAUGUCUCUUUACUUCCACCAUGUAUGUAUAAUACAGAAAUAUGUAUAAUCUCACUAAUAAGAUUCAUGGAUCUGUGUAAUUGGCAGCUUAUUUUAGCAGGCUUCUUGUGUUUGUUUAAAAUGGCCUACUUAUUCCCCAAAACAUGAGCUGUUAUUACCUUGUACUGUUUAUGGCAUUUACAUAUUUACACUUAAUACUUUACAUAUUUUAUAUUUUGAAUGAGAACUAGAUGUGCCAAAAAUUCUGAGUCAUUACUUCUGUGAUCAUAGUAUGCUGUUAAUCCCGUUGUUGAGGAUAUAAUUUUGAAAUAACUAGAAUUUUAUGAGAUUGUAAAAGAUUACUAAAGUGUAGUUAGCAUGCUAGGAAUGACAUGGAUACAUAUAUAGCAAUUAUGACAAAUUUGUAGACAUAUUGCUUAAGACGCACUUUUUUCUGAAUGAGAAAUGGGGUAAAUAAAUGGAUAAUAUAAACAUUGAGAUGCUGACAUUGUCUUUGUAGAAUUUAGGAAUACACCUUGCACAUUAUAGCAAUGUCACCUAGAGCUUGCUCACUACACUUUUGUGAUAAAUAUAUAUGCAGAUAAUGAUUAUUAGAUUGACAAGUUUGUGAAAGGUAUGCAAUAAACAUUAACUGUUAA